AUGUCUAUGCUUCCGGGCCCUUUGGCCGUCACGGCUCCUACGGAGCAAAUUCGCGAGGCUGGUAUAUCACCAGAUGAAGUCCGCCAGAUGUCCGUCGCCGGUAAACAUCCUGGUGUACGCCAGCGUCAAUGGGGUCUCCAGGCGCGUCUCGACCCUACCGUAACCUUCGAGGAAUUCUCAUACUGGGCGAAGGUUGAGCGCGAGAUGGAGGAAGAAGAGAACCGGCGCUUCAAGAGUCUUACCACUGGCUAUGGUGUCAUUGGAUCCAUCAAGGGCUACUUCAACCUAAAUCCUUAUGAGGAUGCUAAGGCUAAGGCCAAUGCUGGUAACCCCCCUGCCAUCUCUUCUACUGAGUGGAACGUGAAUGAGAAGGCACCUGUUGUGGCUGGAGAUGAGGCGGGUGUCAGUCCUAUCUCACCAUCGACAACUCAUGACUUCGAUGCUGAGUGGCGACAAGCUGCCCGCGCACUGCGCACUGCUGGAUGGGGAGGUAUCUUCUAUUUGAUCACGACUGAUAUUCUUGGAUGGGGUCAGACACCCUAUGUCUUUGCCAAUGAUGGCUACGGCCUUGGUGUUGGUAUUUUCCUUCUGAUGGGUAUUGCUGCCGGUGCAUCUGGAUGGAUGAUUUGGAAAUCUUUCAUCGGUCUUGACUCGUCGCGAUACCCUAUUGUCAGCUACGGUGAUCCUUUCUUCCGUCUCUACGGCCCCUGGGCACGUCAUUUUAUCAAUUUUACUCAAGCUAUCCAAGUGUUUUUGAGUGUGGCUGUGGUUCUUCUUGGUCAGACUAGUCUCAUCGCACAACUUGCUGGAAGUGUUAACCUUUGCUAUAUCGUCUGUGCUAUCAUUGCCCUGGUUGUAAGUAUGGGAAGUGGGUAUAUGCGAUCUCUUAAGCACCUUGGAUGGUUUUGUAACAUGGCGGUGUGGCUGAACAUCAUUUCCUUCAUCAUUGUCUGUGUUGCGGCUGCGAAGUAUGGUCCUGAUCCUACAGCUGCCGUUGAAUACGGAAUUCUACCAAAGACUUGGGCCACAAACCCAGUCCCUGUGAAGACUUUUGUUGGUACUCCUCCCGCAUUGUACCAGCAAACAGAUUCGAAACUCUUUGCUGCGCAGUUCAAUGGAAUCAACAGCAUGGUUUACGCAUACUCUGGAGCUGUGCUGUUUGUCGCAUUCCUGUCUGAGAUGCGCCAUCCCAUGGAUUUCUGGAAGGCUAUGUUCACUGCGCAGCUAUUUAUCACCGUUGUUUAUAUCUUCUUUGGAGCAUUUUGCUAUGCCUACUACGGUCAAUACGCUUAUGUUACCAUCACUCAAGUCGUCAAGCCAGAGAGACUUCAAGUUGUCAGCAACGUACUUUCCUUGAUUACUGGUUGGCUUGCCAUCUUCCUAUACUUCAACGUUGGCAUGAAGAUUAUCUACCUUGAGGUUGGCCAAGAAAUCUUCCGCCUACCUCCGAUCGCCAGCAACAAAGGAAAGAUCCUCUGGUGGUCUCUCGGCCCGCUCUACUGGAUCCUUGCCUUCGUAGUAUGCAUGUCCAUUCCCGAGUUUGCAUCAUUCACAAACUUUGUCGGUGGAUUGUUCAGUCUGAACUUUACCUACUCAUUCUCCGGUAUAAUGUUCCUGGGCUUGGUCAUUCAGGAAGGAGCUAGACUACCAGGUGAAGGCUUUGACCCUUCCACUGGUGAGACGACUCGCUUUGACAGCGGUUACAAGAGAUGGGUCCGUGGCUAUAAGAAGUCUUGGUAUCUCAGUGUACCUGUGACUAUCUUCACUGGUGCUGGUUUGGCUGCUUCUGGUAUGGGUACCUGGGCAGCUGUCUUGGCUCUUGAGGCUGCUUUCGGACCUAGUGGCUCUACUGUCACCUCUUGGACUUGCACAAAUCCGUUCUAUACAGGUUGA